GAAGGUGAUGCGAAUGAUGUCUCGCGCCCUCCCGCAUCCCGUAGUCAGAUGUCUCUCGUCACUGCGGCCAUUUCUCCUGGUUGUAUGGGCCGUUCUGUAUGACGCGAGGGAAAGUAUUUUGGUUCAGGAAGAGGAAUCUUCAUCAAGGAUAGGCCUUCAAUGAAUUCAGAGUCUUGUCUGGAUCUUGGAGGCAUUUUCAACUUCAUCCUCCACUGUGGUACUGGUCUUAAAUGAGGGAAUGAUGUCUGGAACAGGGGGAGGGAAGCGUGCUGCAGGGCUUGGGGGGGACAGUCCUCCUGGACCUCCUGAAAAGAAAGGGAAAAAAGAGGAAAAAACCACCACCACACUGAUCGAACCAAUUAGGAUUGGAGGAGUGUCCUCAACGGAGGAGAUGGACAUGAAAGUUCUGCAGUUCAAGAAUAAAAAACUGUGUGAGCGUCUUGAGCAGAGGCAGGCCAUGGAAGAUGAGCUCCGUGAGAGGAUUGAGAAGUUGGAAAAGCGACAGGCCACUGAUGAUACAACGCUUCUUAUUGUCAACCGCUACUGGAGUCAGUUGGAUGACAAUGUUCAGUUCCAACUUCACCGGUUUGUCCCAGAGGAAACUCAGCCUGCUGACCCUACGCCAGGCUCUGAGGGAAAUGAGAGUGGGCAAUUCCACCUUGAGCCACCAGAGGAAGGGAAGGUCUCUAGAGAGAGAGCAGGGGAUGACUUUCAGCAGGAUGGCACUACUGGCUUGGUGACUCCCCCUGCUCCACUUCGUGACAGUGCAAAGUCCUUCCUCUGUACACUGGGCAGUAGCAGUGAGGAGGAGCUUAGUCUGAAACUGCAGGACAAAAUGCAGUUUAGCAAGGCGGCUGUGGCCCAUAUCAGCUGUGUCUUUGACCAGUUGCACCAUCAAAUUGAGGACCUGUGUGCCCGCAUUCAAACUGCUGUGUUUCAGGACGACAGUCAAAGUGAGAUGCAUUCUCGGAAUCGCAUACUACUGGAGGAUAACAUUAGACUGCAGGACCUGGCUGCUUCCCUGCAGGGUCGACACCACAAGAUGUCCCUAGAGUAUAAUGAGCUGGUGGAUAAGGUAACAAGCUCAGAAACCAAAGUGUCUGAAAUGGAAACGACUGUGGAGGAUCUGCAGUGGGACAUCGAAAAACUUCGCAAGAGGGAGCAGAAGCUCAACAAACACCUUGCUGAAGCCUUGGAACAGUUGAAUUCUGGGUACUACAGCUCUGGCAGUUCAGGGGGUUUACCUGGAGGACAGAUCACAUUGAACAUUCAGAAGUUUGAGCUCUUGAAUGCAGAGCUGGAGCAAAACCAGGAGCUGGCCAAUAGUCGUAUGGCAGAACUGGAGAAGCUGCAGCUGGAGCGUCAGGAGGCUGUGAGGGAAAGUGAGAAGCUGAAGAUGGACUUAAGAAACAUACCUGAGGAGGUGGUUAAGGACACUCCGGAGUACAAGUGCCUGCAGUCUCAGUUCUCCCUACUGUACAAUGAGUCUCUUGGUGUGAAGACACAGCUGGAUGAGGCCCGAGCACUGCUGCUUACAGCAAAAAAUGCACACCUGAGACAGAUUGAGCACAUGGAGAGUGAUGAACUUUCCCUCCAAAAGAAGCUUCGCACAGAAGUUAUUCAGCUAGAGGACACCCUGGCCCAGGUCCGCAAGGAGUAUGAAAUGCUAAGGAUUGAAUUUGAGCAGAACUUGGCUGCCAACGAGCAAGCAGGUCCCAUUAACAGGGAGAUGCGUCACUUGAUCAGCAGUCUACAGAAUCACAACCACCAACUGAAAGGAGAUGUGCAGCGUUACAAGAGAAAGCUGCGGGAGACUCAGAUGGAGAUGAAUAAGUUACGUUGCCCGAGUGGGGAAAUUGGGGUUUUGAUGUCAGAGGAGAUGGGGGGUGAAGGCGUGGAUGUGAAGAAAGAGGAAGACGAAGAACAGGAAGAGGAGGAGGAAAGGAGGAGGGAACUGGAGAGGCAACGGGUUCGAGAACGAGAGAGGGAGGCCGAGAGAGAACGAGAGAGGGAGCGAGAGAGGGAGAGAGAAAGACUACGAAGUGAAGAGUUGAAGAGGAAAGACUCUGACACGCUGAAGUUACUGAGGGCUGAACUUAAAAAAGCACAGGAGUCUCAGAAAGAGAUGAAACUACUGCUGGACAUGUACAAAUCAGCACCCAAAGAGCAAAGGGACAAAGUGCAGCUCAUGGCUGCUGAGCGGAAGUCCAAAGCGGAGGUGGAUGAGUUGAGAGGGCGAGUGCGAGAGCUGGAGGAGAGGGAAAGAAAGGAGAGCAAGAAGCUGGCAGACGAAGAUGCCCUCAGGAAAAUCCGUAUGGCAGAGGAGACCAUUGACCACCUGCAGAAGAAGCUGGCUGCUACAAAACAGGAGGAGGAGGCUCUGCUCAGUGAGAUGGAUGUUACUGGCCAGGCCUUUGAAGAUAUGCAGGAGCAAAACAGCCGACUGAUGCAACAGCUGCGGGAAAAGGAUGAUGCCAAUUUCAAACUGAUGAGUGAGAGAAUCAAAUCCAAUCAGAUCUACAAGUUGCUGAGGGAGGAGAAGGAGGACCUGGCUGACCAGGUGCUCGCACUCAAAACCCAAGUAGAUGCCCAGCUGCUAGUGGUGCAGAAACUGGAGGAGAAGGAGGGGGUACUCCAGAGCUCUCUUUCUACAUUGGAAAAAGAACUUGGGCUCCGAACACAAACACUGGAACUCAACAAGAGGAAGGCUGUUGAGGCAGCACAGCUGGCAGAGGAUCUGAAGGUGCAGUUGGAGCACAUUCAAGCCAAACUUCGGGAGAUCCAGGCCUCUGUGUCGGAUAAUCGCACAGCUCGCGAGAGGGAGAGCUUCAAUUUGAAAAAGGCACAGGAGGACCUGUCCAGGCUGCGUCGAAAGCUGGAGAAACAAAAGAAAGUGGAGGUGUACACAGAUGCAGAUGAAAUUCUGCAGGAAGAGAUCAAUCAGUACAAGGCCAAGCUGCGCUGCCCCUGUUGUAACACACGGGACAAGGAAACUGUGCUGACCAAGUGCUUUCAUGUUUUCUGCUAUGAAUGUCUGAAGACACGCUACGACACUCGGCAGCGAAAAUGCCCCAAGUGCAAUGCUGCCUUUGGAGCCAAUGAUUUCCACCGGAUUUACAUCACUUAAAUCAAAUAGCAAAGAAGACCUUUAUGGGGCGUAGUAUCUUUUUUUUUUGUUACGAAUAUUGGCUGUGGAAUCUGCAUGUCCUUUAGGUACAUUAUUUUUGAAUGUUAUUUCUACCGUUUUUUUUUGUUUGUUUUUUACUGAAAGCUGCUAUUGCCAUAUUGUACACUAAAAAAACUGUUAUGUCCAUCAUUGUGCGAUCAAAUGAGCUCAUUUUGUUCCUAUAACAGAAAUAUUAGUGGUAUCUGUCAGGUCAAAUCUGGGGAGGAUAAAAAACAUUUUUCUGACUGAAGUUGUAGUCAUCUCUAUUUUAUUAGCCAGUUACAAUUAUAUUACAACAUAUUAGGCCUUCCAGUAUGCGUCUCCACAUUUAUAGGGACACACGUCAUUCUGGUAUUCUGGAUAUGUACCUAAGUUUAUGCCAACCUGCUGGCUUUACAAUGGCCAGUAUGGUUCAAAAGAGUGAAAACCACCUAUUAUCAAAGACCAUGUCUGGAUAUGAGAUGAGCUGAUGUGGUUCAUGCAGAAAAUUCAGAUGUAUAUUUGUUUUUUUUAAGUAGAGGACAUAUUACUUUCAUUUUGUUCUUGCAUUUUUCAUUGCUGAUCAGCUUUUUUUUUUUAUAACAAAUUAGCAGUAAUGUGUGAUUGACUGUUAGUUCAGAGCUGUGUAAUAGUUAAUUUUUUGCUUCUUGCUCAUAAAAUUAAUUUGUUUAAUGCAUGUGAUUUUGUCCUUUUAAAAUAAAGGUAAUUUCCUUUGUAUGAAA